UAUUUAAUAUUUGAAAUUAGAUUAGUACCUACAUUUUUUUAAAUUAUUUAUUGGGGUGGAAAUUUAGAGCGUCUUAGUGCUGCUUAUUAUAUGAUAAUAUAUAUAUUAUUAAUUUCUUUUCCUUUAAUAAUUUAUUUUAUUAAAAUACCCAUUUAUUUAUUUCAUAUUUGACUUCCUAAGGCGCAUGUUGAGGCUCCGGUAUAUGGUUCAAUAAUUUUAGCGGGGGUAUUAUUAAAAAUAGGUAGUUAUGGGUUAGUUCGUUUUAUUGAAGUAUUUUAUAGAGUUAGAUUGCGGUAUAGUUGGGUAAUUUUUAGUAGGAGGAUUGUGGGUAGAAUUAUUGUGAGAGUUUUAUGUUUAGUUCAGAUUGACAUAAAAAGUAUGGUGGCCUAUUCAUCUGUAGUUCAUAUAAAUUUAAUGUUAUGUAGGUUAAUAACUUUUUUAAAAAGAGCAUUAGUAGGGGCUUAUACAAUAAUAAUUGCUCAUGGAUUAUGUUCAUCUGGGAUAUUUUAUUUAGUGAAUUUAUAUUAUGAACGAUCAGGUAGGCGGCUAUUGAUAUUAAAUAAGGGAAUAGUAAGAAAUUUACCUUCAAUUAGUAAAAUUUAUAAUUCUGAGUUAAAGGAAUAUAUAGUUUUAGUAAUACAUUUUUUUCCUUUAUUAAUAUUA